AUGGUGAAGGCCAAGGAAAGGAGUGGCGACAGCGGGAAGAAAAGUCUGAAAAGGAAAGCCGCUGCUGAAGAGCUUCGAGAGGCAGCGGUUGCAAGGGAUGCGGCGACAGAAAGCGGGGUGCAGCCCCCGAAAGCGGCUGCCCUUCCCCCAAGCUUCAGCAUCUCGGAGAUUAAGAACAAACAGCGACGACACUUGAUGUUCACGCGGUGGAAACAGCAGCAGCGGAAGGAAAAGUUGGCAGCUAAGAAAAAACUUAAAAAAGAGAGAGAGGCUCUUGGUGAUAAGGCUCCACCAAAGCCCAUACCCAAAACCAUUGACAACCAACGAGUCUAUGAUGAAACAGUAGUAGACCCCAAUGAUGAAGAGGUUGCUUAUGAUGAAGCUACAGAUGAAUUUGCUUCUUACUUCAACAGAGAAACUUCUCCCAAGAUUCUCAUCACAACCUCAGAUAGACCUCAUGGGAGAACAGUGCGGCUCUGUGAACAGCUCUCCACAGUUAUACCAGACUCACAUGUUUACUACAGAAGAGGACUGGCUCUGAAAAAAAUUAUUCCACAGUGCAUCUCAAGAGAUUUCACAGAUCUGAUUGUUAUCAAUGAAGAUCGUAAAACACCAAAUGGACUUAUUUUGAGUCACUUGCCAAAUGGUCCAACUGCUCAUUUUAAAAUGAGCAGUGUUCGUCUUCGUAAAGAAAUUAAGAGAAGAGGCAAAGACCCUACAGAACAUGUGCCUGAAAUAAUUCUGAAUAACUUUACAACUCGGCUAGGUCACUCAAUUGGACGUAUGUUUGCCUCUCUCUUUCCCCAUAACCCUCAGUUUAUUGGAAGGCAGGUUGCCACAUUCCACAAUCAGCGGGAUUAUAUCUUCUUCAGAUUUCACAGAUACAUAUUCAAGAGUGAAAAGAAAGUGGGAAUUCAGGAACUUGGACCACGUUUUACCUUAAAAUUAAGAUCUCUACAGAAAGGAACAUUUGACUCUAAAUACGGAGAGUAUGAAUGGGUCCAUAAGGUAAGUGCUUACUGUUUGAAAACCCAUUUAAGUCAUUUUAAAAGAAGGAAACCGUGUGCCUACCUUAAGUUAUACUUCUGGAUUUCUUCCCCUGUGAAUUAGAAAGAACCAAUCUAAUGAUGUCUUGGCCUGCUGAUUAACCAUAUAAUCAUUUGAAGUAGCCUAAAGAUCAGUGGUCUCAAAGUGGAACUAGCAGCAUCACCUAAGGGAUGGAAACUCUUGAGCCCAGACCUACUGGAUAGGCUACCUGGGGAUAGGGCCCAGUGCUUGUAAGGUUUUACUGCAUAGCUCUUGAGAAAUACUGCUAUAGUGCUCUCACAAGUUUGAUGAUUAUCAUAAAUGAAAACAUCAGUAUUAUAUAAUUAGUAACUUUAGUGUAUACUUAAUAUUUUUACUUUAAAAUAGCAGUUAUACACAUGCAUGGAACAAUAACUUACAUAACUUGCAACCCCUUUAUGUUAGAUCUAAGACUGACUAUUGAAGGUCUCAGACAAACCUACUACUAGUGUUACCUAUAAAGAUUUAGGGAAGUUAAUUUUUACUAUCUUAACCUAAAUUGUUCUUCAUU